AUGAAAAGACAACCAGGGACACGCGCAUGGAUCAUUGAAGGGUAGUUAUGUCUUUUCCCGAAAUUAAAGAGUAUCAAGCUAUCUAGCCUUUUAUUAUGGGUCCACGUGUAUUUUUUCCUUUUCUGGCGGUUGAUAUUUGGGAGGAGGGAAGUGGAAACACCGAGGACUAGAUUCCAAAUGUUGUUUUUGGAACGUUUGCUUUGAUUUUUGAGGGUUAUAGAGAUGGGUUUUUUGAGUUCUAUACUGGGUUUUUGUGGAUUUGGAGUUGGAGUUUCUGCUGGCUUGGUGAUCGGUUACUUUAUGUUCAUUUAUUUUCAGCCAAACGAUGUUAAGGACCCUGUUAUUCGUCCAUUGGUCGAACGAGACACUCAAAGCUUGCAGCAAUUACUUCCUGAAAUUCCUAUUUGGGUUAAAUGUCCGGAUUAUGACCGUGUGGACUGGCUCAACAAAUUUCUUGAGCUCAUGUGGCCUUAUCUGGACAAGGCUAUUUGCAGGACUGCGAAGAAUGUUGCUGCACCUAUUAUUGCGGAGCAAAUCCCAAAGUAUAAAAUUGACUCUGUUGAAUUUGAAACACUGACUUUGGGGUCCUUACCACCUACUUUCCAAGGUAUGAAGGUCUAUGUUACUGAUGAGAAAGAGUUGAUGAUGGAACCAUACUUAAAAUGGGCCAGCAAUCCUAAUGUCACUGUUGCGGUCAAAGCAUUUGGAUUGAAAGCAACUGUUCAGGUUAUCGACUUGCAGAUCUUUGCAGCUCCACGUAUUACUCUGAAGCCUCUAGUUCCGAGCUUUCCUUGUUUUGCCAAAAUCUUUGUGUCACUUAUGGAGAAGCCACAUGUUGACUUCGGGUUGAAGUUAUUGGGUGCUGAUCUCAUGUCCAUUCCUGGGUUGUACAGGUUUGUCCAGGAGACAAUUAAAGAUCAAGUUGCUAACAUGUAUCUAUGGCCUAAAGCUCUAGAAGUACAAAUUUUGGAUCCAUCCAAAGCCAUGAAAAGACCAGUUGGGAUUUUACAUGUUAAGAUUUUGAGGGCAAUGAAGUUGAGAAAGAAGGACUUAUUGGGCGCAUCUGAUCCUUAUGUAAAACUUAAGCUUACAGAGUCAAAGCUUCCAUCUAAAAAGACCACGGUGAAGCAUAGUAAUUUGAAUCCAGAGUGGAAUGAGGAAUUUAGUAUGGUAGUUAAAGAUCCGGAAUCACAAGCAUUGGAGAUCUCUGUUUAUGAUUGGGAACAGAUAGGGAAACAUGACAAGAUGGGUACGAAUAGCGUCCCGCUGAGAGAUUUGACUCCUGAUGAGUCAAAAACUAUGACACUUGAUCUCCUGAAGAAUAUGGAUCUGAAUGAUGUUCAGAAUGACAAGCAACGUGGACAGAUUGUAGUAGAAUUGACGUAUAAACCGUUUAAGGAGGAGGAUUUGCCAAAAGAUUUUGAAGAGGCUGGAACAGUUUUAAAAGCUCCCGAAGGAACGCCACCAGGGGGAGGUGUCCUUGUAGUUAUAGUCCAUCAAGCUGAAGAUGUUGAAGGAAAGAACCACACUAAUCCAUAUGUCAGGAUUAUCUUUAAAGGGGAGGAGAGAAAAACUAAGCAAGUGAAGAAGAACAGGGAUCCAAGAUGGGAAGAGGAGUUUAGUUUUGUGUUGGAGGAGCCUCCCGUGAAUGAUAAACUGCAUGUGGAAGUUAUCAGUACCUCAACAAGGAUUGGCCUUCUACAUCCAAAGGAAGUGUUAGGGUAUAUUGAUAUAAGUCUUUCAGAUGUCGUCCACAACACAAGGAUCAACGAGAAGUACCACCUCAUAGAUUCAAAAAAUGGACGGAUUCAAGUUGAGCUGCAAUGGAGGACCGCUAAAUAAUCUUAUCCCGCCUUUGCUAAGUUACAUACUUCAUAACGUCUUUUGCUAAAUUCCCUCUUACGCUAAGACAGACAUUUUCCUUACUCCAAACUCGCGUGUUGAAAAAUCAUUGGAUGUUUGUGUACAUAGUACAAUGACAACCUGGUUAUGGUUAUUUAUAUUUUCAGUACAGUACAGUUCUUCUCUGCAUAGCAGAUCGGCUCUGAAACGGCAUCCCUUAGAUAUAUUUGAUUCUCAUCUUUCAUUAGAUAUUA